AGGCCGCCGUUUUCAUAUUCUUCUUUAAUUGCACAGGCGAUACUUGCGUCUGAGAAAGAAAGACUUACCUUACAGGACAUUUAUAAAUGGAUUACUGAUAAUUAUCCAACUCUUUACAACGAAGGAGAUACUGGCUGGCAGAAUACUAUUCGACACAAUCUCUCGCUAAACAAAUGCUUCAAGAAAAUCCCCAAAUCCGAACUGGACGGCUGGCCGAGUCGAGGCAAAGGGGGUUACUGGGUGGUUGAUCCAAAAUAUUUGGUCAAAUUCAAAUCCGGUAUAUUUAUAAAGGGUAGU